UCUUUAUCUGUUGCAGGGCCACCGCGUAGCCCAACCCCUAGGUCCAGCCUUAGCGGACUCACGAGCGCUCCCUAAUCGUCCCUUUCGCGUCUAAGGGAUGCGCUCCUCACCAGGAAGUCCCUCACCGAUAGACAACAACAAUGACGUCAUCAACAAGAAGAUACAGUUAGUUCAAAGGAUGAGCGAUAACGGAAAAACCAGCUAUCAGGCGAUAAAGUCGACCGAAUCGCUGCAAAGCGCCGGGACGACGAGGUCAUCGACGGUGACUUCCUCUAGAAGUAAAAAGAAAACUGGUGUCCAUCUCAACAAUCUUUGGUCCAUUUGGUACGGCUUGUUCUGUACCGGACUGCAAGGAUAUGCAGCUUACAAAUGCCUGAAAAGAGUACUCGGAUACUCGCUGCUAGCUUGGCCUCAGGGUCUGCCCUACGUAGAACUGAACUGCAGCCUGGGACUAACUGGCGCAGCUUUUUUGCUGUUGCCAAUCUUCAUAUCAGUGGCUGUGCUAAAGGUUAGUACUGAAUAUUUAUGUCUAACAAAAGAUAUCACUCACCGGAGAGGCAUGAUGACAUUGCCAGCAGUAGGGGAACUAUACUCAUUCUGGAAUCAAAAUUACUUUAAACUGCCCCUUGGCCUAUGUUUCCAAUGUGGAACAUGCUACGUAACAACGCACGCUGUUGAACAUGGGCGGCGUGAACAUUUUUUCAAUGGGGCAUUUUUAUUCCACAAUGAAAAUAAUUGA